UCUAUAUAUCUCUCUAUCUAUAUAUCUCUAUAUAUCUACCUGUCUGUCUAUUCUCAUUUCAUAUUUCCGAUUUACAUUUAUUUGUGGUUGUCUAGUCAUACAACUGAUUUUUUUGUUGACCGUUAGGACUUUGGACUUAGCAUGAGCCACUAUAAAUAAAGAUUUGACUACUAGUGAAUUACUGGCGCAGAAUAGGCAGACAGCAUAAAGGAUGGGAUUCCAUUAACAGUUACUUUGGCCGAAUACCAUAAUAGCUGGAGUUGGAUUUGUUUGGAACAGUUUUUGAAUAUAUACCACCACUUCCGGAUACAAAGUGCAACUAUACCUCUCCCAUUCUGGCUGCCGCCUUGCAAGGCCUACCAAUCUCGCAAACGUGAGUAGGCCUACUGUGAUUUUCGUCGAGGUACCGUGCAUCGGCUGGUAUAUGUACCCGAUAUAUCCUUGUCAAUGAGCUGAGCUGACUACAACCUGGACCAUAAAUAAGCCCGGGUAACCAACUCAUAGUACUCUCCCAUCUUUUCUGGUAGUAUACUGGGUAUUUAGCGUGUUUCCUGACCAUGGCAUUUUUAGAUGAGGAGAUCAUUCGCGAGUUCAGGGAGAAUGGGGCUGUUUGUUUGCGGCAGGCGUUCAGCAAGGAAUGGCUUGAUGUCGUGGAGAAGGGAAUCGAAAGAAACAUGAAAGACCCCGGGAAGAACAUGGAGAUAUUGCAAAGCGAGGGAGAAGGGACUGGAAGAUAUUUCACAGACUUUGCCAAUUGGUGGAGGAUCACAGAAUUCCAGGAGUUUGUGAGGAAGUCACCUGCUGCAGAGAUUUGUGGGAAGCUGAUGGGUAGUAAGCAUGUGGUAUUUUAUCAUGAGCUGGUAGUCAGCAAGGAACCUGGAACGGAUCGCAUCACGCCAUGGCACCAAGAUCAACCAUACUUCCCAAUUGAUGGGGAUCAGGUCUGUGCAAUAUGGCUGCCAGUUGACCCCGUUGCCAAGGAAACAUGUGUAACCUACAUCAAGGGGUCACAUCGUUGGGGAAAGUGGUUCUACCCCCAGAAGUUUAAGUCAUACACUGACUACGAGGCAGACAAUGAAGAGUCAUGUGAUACCCACGAAUGGACUAGCCUGUCCGACAUGAAAUUGGAUUCUUCUCUCGAUCAGUAUGAGCUACUCAGUUGGGAACUUCAGCCCGGUGACUGCAUCGCCUUCCACCUCCGUGCCGUCCACAUGGCCCCUGCCAACAACUCUCGCAAAGUCCCUCGUCGUGUCCUUUCCACCCGCUGGGCGGGUGAUGAUGUAACGGGCACGAGACGGCCCUGGAAGACCACAGACGUUUACACCAAAGACCUGGUGCCGGGUAAACCCAUAGCGAGUGAGAAGUAUCCUAUUCUUUGGAGAGCUGAGGCUGGUGUGUGAGGAUUGUAAGGGACACAUCAUAAGAUGGCUUGGGACAAUUUAACGAGGACAUGGUAGAAUGAGGAUCAUGUCAGAUAAUGACUUGGAAUUCUUAAUUCCAUCUGCCAAGAAACUGUACAACACUGUAAAGCCGCUGAAUUUGUGCAUCUCAUUGCUAUGGUGACGGACAAACCUUGUUUUUGAUUGGCUGAGAAGCACCGAUCUAUAUUACUAUUAGGCCUGGCACAAAUACCUUUUUUUGCCAUUUGAUGGUUUGCCAGGGUGGACAAUCGAAUGGUUUGAACAAUCAAGAUUCUCAGAAAUCACUAGGAAAAUUGACCAUAAUGUGGGACUGACUUAAUCGAGACUCAAACAGGGGCCGCGGAAUGGUUUUGAAAGUGGGGGGGGGGGCUGACCAUGCAUAAAAUCGCAAUUGUAUGGUUAUUUUUCCCAUUUUGUACAGUUUUGGAAAAAGUGGGGGGAGGGGGCUGAAAUUGGCAUGAUAGUAAUACACAUUUUGUGUAGUACCACAAACUGGGGCCCGUUUCAUAAAUGACUUGCAACUGUUGUAACUUUGUAGUUAUGGCAAUUACCAUGGAAAAUUUAUUAUGACUGGCUGCUGAG